AAUAUGCUUUGCGAUGGUCUGACAAGUGGAUCCAAGAUGGCGUAGAAAGUAAAGCUAGAUGUUCUGUCCCUGAGUCAUGGCAGACAGGAGAGCGGAGAAGUCAUGUGAAGAAGCCAGCAAAUCGUUAGCAAGGCGGGAGUACGAGGCGGCGGUCACCCACAGCACGGACGCCCUGGUGGUCCUCGCGCCCCAAGCCUCGUCGCCCGGCGUCCCCGUACUGCCCAGCCCUCCCUCGGCGGUCGCCGCCGGACCCCUCCGCAGCCGCGCCCUUAUCUACCGAAUUGCUGCCUUCCUUCAGCUGAAAAACUACGACGGAGCAGAUGAAGACUGCAAACAUGUAUUGGCAGAUGAGGUUGCCCGGGGUGACGGCUCUCUACAGGCUAGUUUGCGCUCCAUGCUUUUGGAUGGCAGCCUGCAAGAGGUGGUCAGCAUCCUAUCUAAAGCCCUGUAUGGAGAGCCAGUGAAUGGCAUCGUUACAAAAGACCUGACCAGAUUAAAAAUGCUCUUCUCCGAAAUUGAGGCAACAAAAAGAGAGAUGGCCCCUGAAUACACAGAUGACCAGGAUGAAGAAGUCCAAGAUGGCUGGCAGUUCCGGCCUCCUCCCAGAGGGGUCACUAGCAGCGAGGAGUACACACUCUGCAAAAGGUACUUGGAGCAAGGCCUGUGUCGGUACGGGGCGCAGUGUACGUCGGCCCACUCGCAAGAGGAGCUGAUGGAGUGGCAGAAACGUUACGCCUCCCGACUCAUUCGCCUCAAACAGCAGCAGGAAAGCAAACACUUCACUGAGAACUACAUGGAAACUCUAAUCGAAAAGUGGAUGAACUCCCUUUCCCCGGAGAAAGUGUUAAGUGACAGUCUAGAAGGCGUGACAGUUGAGACCAGCUCCGGCCUUUCUGUUACGGUCACCUCGAAAAAAUCCUCCAACUCCUGGAUCUUUUCCUUGUUGUGCAAGCCGGCCAGAAAGCUGUUCCGCAUUGCCUUGCUCUACGACGCCCAUCGACCACACUUCUUCAUCACCGGCGUGUCAGCCGGGGAUCGCCUGCAGUCGGUUCCCAAAGGAUGCCAAGAGUGGACGCCCGGAGACGACUCGGCGGCAGCGGCCAACAACGGCCUCGACCACUGCGUCUACAAAGUGGCGGUGGGCUUCAGCACCGAGAUCUUUGGCACCUUCAGACAGACCAUCGUGUUCGACUUCGGCUCCGAGCCGGUGCUGAUGCAGAGGAUCAUGGUGGACGCCGCCUCGAUCGAAGACUUGGAGCACCUGCUGGCAGCCAGGCAGCAGCUGCUGAUAACCGCCAAGCGCUGGGACUCGUCCUGUAAAACCAUCGUGGAAUUCACUCCCAACGAGACGGUGGCCGACCUGGAGAGGAGCCUGCUGGCCCGCUACCAGAUCCCUCUGUCGGCUGACCAGCUCUUCACCCAGUCCGUCCUGGACAAGACGCUGACGAAAGACAACUACCAGGCGCGGCUACACGACCUGCUCUACAUAGAGGAGAUUGCUCAGUACAAGGAAGUCAGCAAGUUCAACAUCAAGGCCAACCUCCAGCUGGUAACCAGCUUCAUGCUAACUGGGAUUUCUGUUGGAGCCAAGUACGCUCAGAACGGACAGCUCUUUGCACGCUUCAAACUUACUGAAACACUUUCCGAGGACACUCUGGCUGGGAGACUAGUAAUGACCAAGGUAAAUUCAGUUCUGCUGCUGCCGUUGGGGAGGGAAGGGUUCGGCGGUCACGCUCCUUCUGGGGUCAAAGAGCGCGUUUAUGAGGCUGUGAUAGAGGAGAAGACCAAGGAUUACAUCUUCCUGAGGAUUUGCAAGAGCUGCUGCGAGGAGCUGAUGCUGCAGCCUGACAGAGAAAUACAGGUGGAGCUCCAGUUUCAGCUCAACAGACAGCCACUGUGUGAGAUGCACUACGCCCUGGAUCGCAUCAAAGACAACACCAUCCUUUUCCCUGAUGUUGGCCUUGUGCCCACAAUCCCCUGGAGCCCAAACAGGCAGUGGGAUGAACAGCUGGACCCCCGUCUGAAUGCCAAGCAGAAAGAGGCCAUCCUGGCCAUUACCACACCCAUCUCCAUCUCUCUUCCCCCAAUCCUCAUCAUUGGGCCCUAUGGUACCGGCAAGACCUUCACCCUGGCACAGGCUGUCAAACACAUUCUUCGCCAGGACACCAGCAGGGUCCUGAUCUGCACUCAUUCCAACAGCGCAGCUGACCUUUACAUUAAAGACUAUCUUCAUCCAUAUGUCGAAGCAGGCAACGAGCACGCCAGACCUCUCAGGGUAUAUUUCAGGAACCGCUGGGUGAAGACCGUCCACCCGGUGGUCCAGCAGUACUGUCUCAUCUCCAGCACACAGGUCACUUUCCAGAUGCCGACAAGGGAGGACAUCCUCAGGCACCGUGUUGUCGUGGUCACCCUCAGCACCUCCCAGUACCUCUGCCAGCUGGAUUUGGAGCCUGGGUUGUUCUCCCAUAUCCUGUUGGAUGAAGCAGCUCAGGCCAUGGAGUGUGAAACCAUCAUGCCUUUUCCUCUUGCCAGCAAGACCACCCGCAUCGUGCUGGCUGGGGACCAUAUGCAGCUCAGUCCGUUUGUGUACAGCGAGUUUGCGCGGGAGCGCAACCUGCACGUGUCACUGCUGGACCGACUGUACGAGCACUACCCCCCCGAAUUUCCCUGUCGCAUCCUCCUGUGCGAGAACUACCGCUCCCACGAAGCUAUCAUAAACUACACAUCCGAGUUAUUUUACGACGGGAAGCUCAUCGCGAGUGGGAAGCAGCCGUGCCAUAAGGAUUUCUACCCGCUGACCUUCUUCACAGCCAGAGGAGAAGAUGUCCAGGAGAAGAAUAGCACUGCCUACUACAACAAUGCAGAGGUGUUUGAGAUUGUGGAGCGGGUGGAGGAGCUGCGCAAGAAGUGGCCGGUGGCCUGGGGGAAGCUGGACGAGGGCAGCAUCGGGGUGGUGUCGCCGUACGCCGACCAGGUCUUCCGCAUUCGUGCCGAACUCCGAAAGAAGAGAAUGCACGAGGUCAGCGUCGAAAGAGUGCUUAACGUCCAAGGUAAACAGUUCCGGGUGCUGUUCCUCAGCACGGUGCGGACGCGGCACACCUGCAAGCACAAGCAGACCGCCAUCAAACGCAAAGAGCAGCUGGUGGAGGAUUCGACCGAGGACCUCGACUACGGUUUCCUGUCAAACUACAAGCUGCUCAACACGGCCAUCACCAGAGCUCAGUCCCUGGUCGCCGUGGUGGGAGACCCCAUAGCGCUCUGCUCUGUUGGACGCUGCAGAAAAUUCUGGGAGCAUUUCAUCUCAAUCUGCCACGAGAACUCCAGCCUGCACGGCAUCACCUUCGAGCAGAUCAAGGCUCAGCUGGAGGCCCUGGAGCUCAAGAAGACGUACGUCCUCAACCCGCUGGCCCCGGAGUUCAUCCCUCGGGCCCUCAGGCCCCUUCAGGGACACCAGUCCUCCUCCCAGGGCCUUCAUCCCCACCAUCAUCCUCAUCCUCAGCACGGUCUGCCUGCCUCCAACAAGCAGGCUGCGCAGCAUCACCAACAGCAGCAGCAGCAGUCCCCUCCAAAGGGGAAACAGUCGAACCACACAGAGCACCUCCCACCUGAUGGAUAUGUGCAAUCCAGCCCUGCUGUGUUGAUGGGAAACCCCAUCCGGGCCUUCACGCCCCCUCUGGGUGCCACGCCGGCCGGCAUAGGGAAGUCGCCCAGCCCCGUGCAGCGCAUCGACCCUCACACCGGAGCCAGCAUCCUCUACGUACCAGCUAUGUACGGAGGAAACGUCGUCAUGCCCAUGCCUCUGUCGUUGCCCUGGCCAGGUUACCAGAACCGCUUUGCUGUGGACCCUCGCAUCAUGAGCCACCCGGCGGCCAUGGCCUACAACUUAAACCUGCUUCAGCCGCAGAACCGAGGCUCUCCCAUCCCUUAUAGCGGCGUCGCCCACCCCUCUCCUUUAGGACUGGCCCAGCUCAGCCCAGAGAAGGACCUGCAGGCCGACCUCAUCAGGAACGGUAAAGUAGACGGCUGCACAAAGGCCGAACAGACCCGUCUUCAGACGCCAGAGAGGAAAAACGCAGACAUAAGGGAAAAACAGGGAGAUUUAGACACCGGUCAAAGUCGAAGUUUAGAUUCCCAACCAGAAGGUCUGGUUGGCUUUCCGAACGCUCUGCUUCACCGAAAAGACCCUUCAGCUACCCAAAGAUCCCUCAACUACCACCUGGCACCGCCCAGCCCAGCUUUUCCUCCACACCCCGCCAGCGGAAGAACCUUCCCCCAGCAGUACCCCGUUCCUAGACUUCCCUACCGGGUCGGCCAGCCUCAACAUCCAGGGAUGCCCCAACAGAAUCAGCAGCAACAGCUCAGUCCUGCCUUCACUGGUGGAAGCCACGCUUCCUUCUUCAGCGGUUCCAUGGCCGCUCACCGAUCCGUGCAAUCGCCCACCGUGGACGGGGCGGAGUCUUCGGGGGCCGAGGAGAUGAGCGGCACCAUUAGGACUCACAUGGGCCACCAGGGGGCGCAACACCCAGGCCUACCACAGCACAACAGGGUCAGCAACUUUGGGGAGGAUGGACAGGAUGGAAGUCUGGUGGACGGUUUAGACCUCCAGAGUCCCCUGACUUUAGAAGCCCUGAGCCAGCAGCAGCAGCAGCAGGCGGCCAGACUGGGCCAGUGGGGGGAAGCAACAGGCCCCUUCCUCCAGGGCAGUGUUGCCUUUCCUCUGCCCCAGCAGCUCGCCCACCUCGCUCAAUCUGGCAUGGCUCGCUUUCCCCCUCAGCUGCUCCGGGCUGCUACCUGGGGGCUUAGUGCCAAUAUGGACGACGAAGCCGUUUCCUCUGCCACCGCGGGUCCAACAUGCUCCAGGUACCCGGGCCUUUUGAGAGAAAUGCCCCCCCAGGAACAGCCGGAACCACGGGAAGCGACCGAAUUGCAGCCGCCGCCUCAGUCCCGCCUGCUCCAGUAUCGACAGUCCCAGACCCGUGCCUCCGGCGAGCCCUCGUCCUCCUUAGCCCCCCUGUCCAAUCACGCUGGCCCCUUCCCCGCAGGACUGUACUCCCACGAAAGCGGCCGGAACCUCCUCAACGAAAACCUUCUCAACAACCCGGCUCUGCAGCAGCAGCAGCACCCAGGGAACCCCCUGUACAAUGCCGGUAGCUACCCGAAUCAGCCGCCAGCGCAGUCCGGUGGUAGCAGCCCCCCACCAUCGAACGUGAAGUAUCUCCUGCAGGAAGCGCAGUGGUCCCACGGCGGAGCGGCGUCCGUGUCCCAGCAGAACCACCUCCUAGGGAACCAGAGCCAUAGCCUUCUGUACGGACUGCCCCUGAUGGCUCACCCCAGCAGGCCGGAGCAGGUGCUGAUGCAACUCCACCACCAGCAGCAACAGCAGCAGCAGCAGCAGCAGCAGCAACACCAUCAACAGCAACAGCAACAAAAUCAAGGCCCGGACUCCGAGUCCUACCACCCUCUGUCCCCUAGAACAUCAGCAGCCGCUGCCCUCCACAGCGUAGACGAGUAUGAACCGAGAGGUCCGGGCCGGCCCCUCUAUCAGCGCCGCAUCUCCUCCAGCUACCCGGAUGAAUCAUCUCCAGCCCACCCUUGUCAUCCCGAGCCCCAGGAUCACCCACAGCAACCGCACGGCUCCUACACCUACCCCCCCCACGACCACCUCUGGCCCAGCAACGGCGGGGGUCCCGGUCCAUUCCAGAACAUUCCAUGCAAUGGAGCUAGCAAACUAGUUCAGCAUCGUGAGCUUCUAGCUUCAAAGGUCCACCGUCAGACGGACGAGCAGGUGAAGGCGGAACCGGCCGGCGCGCAGCAGCAGCAGGCGCAUCCACACAACCUCAACUCCCUUCAGCACCAGUUUCCCCCUCUAAUGCCCAAUAAGAAGCAGCAGCAGCAGCAGCCGCCACCGCCGCCCCCACCGCCACCACAGCCUCCGACGGAGCCCACCCAGGGGGCUCCCAGUUUAGUAAAGCCGCCCACCAUGUCGUACGCGAGCGCCCUCCGAGCGCCUCCCAAACCGAGAGCCGUUCGACCCGAGCAGGUGAAGAAGAACAGCGACCCGCUGUCCCUCCUCCAGGAGCUGAGCAUCGGAAGCUCAAACGGUAGCAAUGGUUAUUAUUCUUACUUUAAAUGAGAGCCGACUCUCUCGCGUAGUAAGUGAAGCGAAACAAAAAAAAAAGAAAAGACAAAAAAAUUGUAAACGUUUCCUAAAAUUUCUAAAAAAAAAAAAAAAAAGAAAUAGUGGAAAGUGCAUUUUAAAGAAUUGUUUGUAAUAGUAGAUUUUAGAUUUUUCUUUUUUGUUUCUUUUCUCUUUUAUUUUAACUCCUGGUUCUUUUCUCUCCUGACAUAUCUGUGCAGAAAGUCAGUAUAUAUAUAGCAAAUGCAUUACUGGUAUAUAUAUAUACAUACGCAUUAUGUAUAUAUGAAUAUAUACUUAUAUUAUCUACACUUGUACAUGUACGUAAUGCUUAGAAAACAAAAAUACAAAAAAAAUAAAAUAAGAUGAAAGAUCAAUAAAAAAAAAAAACCCCGACUUAUUUGACCAUUUAGCUAUCUGCUUAGUUUUCCUGCUUUAGUUGGUCUCUUUAAAUGCAUUUUUAGUUCUUCUUUUUUCGAACUCCUGUUUUUGUUUUUGUUUUUUUUAACAACCAUUUGGUUUUAUAGUGAACACUGACCGUUCACACCACUGCAGUUUGUUGUAUUGCAUGAAAGCUAAGUGGUCGACUGAGUGAAACCGAAAGGAACAGUGUAUAGAAGUAGAUACAUUUUUCCUCUAAUCUGUACAGAAAAAGAAAAUAAAAGACUGAACUGUAUUCCACAAAAAAAAAAAAAAAAAAAUCAUAUUAGUAUUUGCAUUAUGGGUUUUUUUUUGUUUUGUUUUUGUUUGUUUUUUUUCUUUUCAGUUCUUAGUCAUCAUUAACUUAAAUAAUCUGGUGAUUUAGUGAUUAAUGUGAUUAUUUAUAGAAAAAAAAACAAACAAAAAAAAAAAACUUUUCGCCAAGAUCUCACCGGGGGAAGUACAGCGUGAAGACGUCGGGACAGCUUUCAUUCCUCCUCUGUCGGCUUCAACCGCAACACGUUUCUUUAGGCGACAACAUGAACUGCUCUGCUUCGAUUUACUUUGACUUUUUUUGUUGUUGUUUUUCUUUAAAAUAAUCUUUUAAAUGUAAAAAUCGUUUCGCUGCUUUUGCUCAACUUUCAAUUUGGAUUUUGUGUUGCGUGGUUUGGAAUAAUCUGAUGGUCUGUGUAAGUAAACUGAGAGUUAUUAAAAUGUGUAUCGUAGGAUCAUUACUUCCAGUCAGAUGUUUUUGAACAACAGCAACAAAAAAUACUUGAGGAGUAAACCCAUGGCAAACAAAAUCGGAAAGUAUCGCAUCAAAAAAAGAAAAACGAGGACACUGCCACAGCCAUCAACCACAGUUUGAGAUUUUAUACAUUAUUUUUUUAAUGUCUGGAUUUAGGGUGGUCCUAAAGGCAUGAAGAAAAUUGGUAGCAUUUAAUUUUUUUGCUUAUGAAAAAGUAGAUGAUUUUAUUAACAUUUUACAAACGUGUCUCAAUUUUAUUCAUUGCUUCAGUUUUUAAAAAAUAAAAUGUAAGAAUACAGCUACUUCAGAAACCAUAAAACUUCUAGUUACGUAUUUUAUCUUUGUUUGUUUCAAAAUAAAUGUUAAAUAAACACAACACUGCUAGCUAAAGUUUUACUACUAGCUAAAACUUCAGCUAGCAGUUUCACUUCUGGCUAUAUGUUCACUGCUGCAGCUAGCAGUUUUACUACUAGCUAAAACUUCAGCUAGCAGUUUUACUACUAGCUAAUCUUCAGCUAGCAGUUUUACUACUAGCUAAUCUUCAGCUAGCAGUUUUACUACUAGCUAAUAUUCAGCUAGCAGUUUUACUACUAGCUAAACUUCAGCUAGCAGUUUUACUACUAGCUAAACUUCAGCUAGCAGUUUUACUACUAGCUAAACUUCAGCUAGCAGUUUUACUACUAGCUAAACUAAACUUAAGCUAGUGGCUCCACUGGCUGAGGUUUUUUUGGCUACAAGUUUUAUAAACGAAACAUUUCUAAAAUUAAUGCCAGCUAUUGAUUUUUUUAAAAGCAAAAUUAUCGCUGUAAAAUAUUUAGGCAAUUCUUAAAACAGGCGUGGGCCGUUAUGCAGUGGUUUUAGUGCAUCAUUAAAUUCAACAUAGAAAUAUACAAUAUGAUCUAAUUAUUUAUAUUUUUGACAGAAAAGCAGCAGUUUCUACUGCUGCUACAGUGAAUAUUUAUAAAUCAUAUUAUUUGUAUUGAUUCUUACAGGCAUAAUGUUUUUUUCCACCAUUUUAUACUUUCCCCCCCCUGCUGUGAAUACAUUGAUAUUACCUGCUUAAUGAGUUGAACUACCUACUUAUUAAAAGGACUUUAUGCUGUAAGAGCGAUAUAAUGGAACAUCUUAGCAUUUUUAAACCAGAACUUCUUUAAAAUGUCAAUUACUUUAAUAUCGGCUACUGCCUAAUUGAUGAGGGCAGUUUUUAACUUUUACAUUGCUUAAAAACUUUUAAAAAUAUAUAUUUUUUAAUUAUAACAAACGUGACCCUGAGCAACGAGAACAGCUUCAUUUAGCAGAUUCUUUUAAUUUUGUUUCCAGAAGGUCAUUUUAAGUUUUUGUUCCAUUAGAAGAUUCUGUGUUGUUUUAAGGAAGAAAUAUGCUUUCCAAGUUUUAUUUCACUGCAAUGCAAAAAUUUAUAUUCCCCCCCCCGACACACACACACACAAAGAGAGGUGGAGAGACUGAAGGAGUUUGUUCAAAAACCUUUGACUGUUGGUAUGUUUAUUAAGAUCUGCAUAAUUGAACAGGAAUGGUGAUGUUAUGGAAGUCAUGAUUUACAAAAACAUCAAUAAAACAGAGACGGCCCACUUCUUUGAUUUAAUCGGAUUUGUGAAUCGCUGCUCCAGCAGCUGAUCCAUCGCUCUUCUGAAAACUACUCUGAUCUUUCUUCUUGCUCGCUCUAGAGAAACCACACCGUAGGGGAAGUUUUCGAGUUUAUUUCGAGUUUUGAGUCGCUGCUUUUCCUGCAAACUGAUCAACUUAAGAAAUCUCUUCACUGGUAAUCGUGGCUUUAUACUGUUGCAGUUAGUCUCUGAUGCAUUUCUUUUCUUUUAAAAACAAAAAGAAAAAAAAAAGCCUUACAGCCAGAAACGAAGAUGUUUUAAAUGUUGAGCUCCGUGUCCUUUUCUUUUCAAGUUUUGACAUUUUAAAUGACACGAUUCUGAUCAUUUUUUAUUUUAUUUUUUUAAUUUAGCAGAUAAACACCUACUUGUAAAUAUACAUUUUGUAUGUAUUUACAAACGAGAACUUUGGGAGCGCCUCGAUUUUGUAGAAGCUGAUCAAUGAAGAGGCACGCCCUUUUUAAUUAUGCAAAUUCAGAAAAAAUAAAGAGAAAAUCUAGAAACGGUAGUUGCAUCAUCUUGUAACUUUGUAGGUUUUUCUUUUCGUUUUUCUCUUCUUUUUUUUUUUUUUUUUAAGAAGCUGCCCGGCUUGUUUAGCAGAGGAGAUUUUCCGUUGCGCCUUUUUAAGACGACCUAAUUUACUGUACAAUAUGUAUUUUUUUUAAGUACACCUUGCUGGAUUCGUCCUGUCAUGUUUUCUCACCACAGCUGUACAACAAUCAACACCUGGAUUCAUUCUUCAGUGUUUAGUCUGUUUUUGUUUUUUUUUUUGCUUCUUUUAUUGCAUGUUGCGAUGACCUUGUUGGGUUUUGAUCUCCCGCUUCUAUAGGUUUGUAAUGAUUUCUGGAUGAAAAACGGUAAAGGAAAAAAAAAACAAAAAACACGCUUUUGUUUUCAACCUGCAGAGUUAAAUUUUUGGUAUUUUUAUUUGACGUGUACAAAUAACUUGUGACAUUAUACAUAAAACUGUUACUUUUGCUAAUGUGUCGAUCAAAAAAAAAUAAUUGAAUGGUUGUAUAUGUUUCCCCUCCUUCCUUUUUGUUCCUCCUCCUGCAGUUUGAAGGGCUAAAGCUGAGGUUGCUCCCAGGGAGCCCGGUUUUUUAUUUUUAUUCUCUUUUGUUUUAAAAUCGUUGGCUAAUCUCUAAAGUUGUGCAAUACUAAUAUUUCACCGCUUUUUUUAUUUUUUAUUUUUUUUAAAGCUACAGUUCUAUUUAUUAAGACAGAAGAGAUUGAGCCAAAGACAUUUUAAAGGGAUUUUGUUAGCAACUUUUUUGUUUUGUUUUUUUUGUUUCCUGGUUUGAUAUUUCAAUUCUUUGCUCUGUGUGUACCUCGUUAACACGAUGGAGUUUGAUUUGAAAGCUCCCAACAUUACACCACAUUUCAUGGCAUGUCCUCGAUGUGGAACCAGCUGUAAAGUGUGUGUGUGUGUGUGUGUGUGUGUGUGGCUCACAAUUUAAAAAACAGAAAAAAAGAGAGAGAGAAAAGGUUAGGGAGCAACCUUUGCCCGGCCAGCAGAGAGCUCUGUGUUCAGCCUCCUAUAAGCGCCGUCUUCUCCUGUUAUCCGUUGACCCGCCUCUGUUCUCCCCCCGCUGCAGUGAAUCAAUGGCACACCUGUUCCUCCCUGCUUUCCAGUCCCCAUCGGUUUCUCCCUCGUGGGUUCAAAGUAAUGAAUAUUCAUUUCAACUGGUGGUUGUUACGAGAACUGAUUUAGGCUGUGUUUUAAAGGUUUUCUUUUCUUUUUUUAAUUGUUUCUCUAUUAAAGUGUUUUUAUUGAAA